AUGAGGGCAUCUCCGCCGUCGUCGACGAGUGCGCUCGCCGCCUCGGCGUGGCUGAUCGUGCUGCUCGGCUCCGCCGCCCUCGUCACCGCCUCCCACGACGCAGGAUUCUCGCCGCCGCCGACCGCCGUACCCGCGGUUCCGCCGCGCCCGGCACCCCGCGCCGUCGCCACCGCCGCGCCCCGGCCCCUGCCCCUGCCCCGGAAGAUCCUCCGCCCGCCAGGCGUGGACGGCGGCGCGGCGGGCAACGUCACCGGCGGCGGCGGGGGAGCAGGAGCGGGCGGGCCGGUGCGCCCGAGCCGGAUGGACGAGGGGUGCGCGGGCGCGGAGGACAUCGAGAUCUACCAGGGCCAGGCGUCGCCGCUGCCGAGCGGGGUGCCGGCGUACAGGGUGGACGUGGUGAACCGGUGCCUGGGCGGCGACCUGGACGGCGGCGGCGAGUGCGCGAUCGCGGGCAUCCACGUGCGGUGCGGGUGGUUCAGCUCGGUGAGCCUGGUGGACCCGCGCAAGUUCCGCCGCCUGGGGCACGACGACUGCCUCCUCAACGACGGCCGGCCGCUGCUCGGCGGCGACACCAUCUCCUUCGAGUACGCCAACUCGUUCAAGUACGACCUGUCCGUCCGCGUCGCCACCUGCGUCGACCCCACCGCCUCGCCGUAGCCACCGCAACCUCGGAUCCACCCCGUCCCACGAUACGAGUAUAAACUCAAUACCACCACACUACAGUUAGGAGCAUCUAUCAGUUGGUCAGUCAGUUGCCAGUAGCAGCACAGCACACUGCAGGGAAUUCUUGGUUCUCGCUUCGCAUGGGUAGGCAGUCAGUCAAGAAGUGUAAGUAGCUGGUAGGUGAGGGUGAUUUUGUUAGCUUGUUGGAUCGUGCCUGCGAGCGAGCUGUGAGGGAAGCUGCGUUUUAUGUUUUUGUUUUGUUUUUGCCAGAGAUCCAGGAUCACGUGUACUGUACAUGACACGCUCGCAUGGAGCGGUGCAAACUGCAAAGGACCCCCCGGGAGGAAAUGCGAGCACUUGUUUGGAAUGUGACUUU